GCUCAACUACCCGCACUCCCGCCCUCGGCACCCAGGCGUCCGCACCAUGCUCCCGCUGCUCCCGCUGCUCCUCCUGCUCCUGCCCGCAGCCCACGGUGCAGUGGAGCGUGUGGGGUACACGCCGUCCCUGACCAAGAGCCCCGUGCUGGAGGGGCUGACGACCGGCUCCACCUUCGUGCUGGAUCAGCCCCGCUGCGUCUUCGACAAGUACAGCAACGCCGACAUCUGGCUGGUGGUGGCUCUGGAAAGCACCGCAGCCAACUUCAGCAACAGCGUUGCGCCGGGGACUGCCGCGAGCGCGUUCCAGAACUUCCCUGACAACGUCCCCGCCUACAUGACCCUCAAUGCCACCCUCGCCAACUACCCCUGCCCCAAACCCGCCGGGGAUAUCACGGUGCUGCGCGUUGGUAGCGAGACCAGCUGCAGCGGGGAUGCUGCGAGACCCACCUGCAAUGGCCCCCUGUCCGGCCCCGGGCCCUACCUGGUGAAGUUCCUUGCCCUGGAGGGCUCCGAGCCCGUGGCUGAGACAGGCUGGUCACAGCCCAUCAUGCUGAGGACAGCCAAGUCAUCCAACAGCAUCUCCACGACGGACGGAGGGCACAGCGCCGGCAUGAUCGCCCUCACCACCAUCCUCUCCAUCCUCUUCGCCAUCCUCCUGGCCGGGCUGGUGGCCAUGUUCGUCUUCUGGGGCUCAGACGCCUGCGGCGGCAGCAGCACCUUCAGCAAGCCGGAGGCGGUGUCGGUGCGGCGGUACAACACCCACCACGUCUACGACCAGCCGGCCGCCCGGCUCUGAGCCCCCGCCGCCUCCCCGCCGCCCCCCGGCACCGCCCCGCCUCCCCACGCAUCCCCGGGUGCCCCCACGGCGUGAGCCCACUGCCACGCGGGCACGGCCAGAGCUGCCCCCCGGGGCUGGGGCACUGGAGAGGGACAUUAAAGGCUUUUCCGCGUGCUUUGUG